AUGGGUUCCGACCCGCAGUUUGCCAAAUACCCCAACCUCUCCCUCAGCCAAGACAUCUUCAACCUCUCAAACCCAGCAUGCCACGCUUCCUCACGCCAGAGCUCUCUGAAGAAGCUCCAGGCCGCCAUAAAAGAGCACAACAUGGCGCCCCUAUACAGACAUCUUGCUCAUCCGGUAGAAGGUGUGCUUAAUAGCACUGGGGAAGGCUCGUCACAGCCCCCUGCAGCAGCUGGAUCAAGCCCUGGCAGCACUGGGGUGGUGGUGAUGUCCGACAUGCUAGCGCGGAGACCAUCGACUAGCAGGUCAGAGUUAGUGUGGGAUGAGAAGCUCUAUGAUCGCCUGGUCGCGGAGAAUAAAAGGGAGUUGGAUGAGUUGACGAAGGAGGAGGAAGAGGCGGCUGAGGCUGCUGGUGAGACGGAAGUACAAGCCGCAAGGGGCAAGAAAGCAGAACUUUGGGCCAGAGUAGGCGAUAAGGAUAAAGCCAUCGCGGCUUAUGAGGCUGUGUUUGAAAAUACUGGUGUCCUAGGCACCAAGAUCGAUAUUGUGCUCGCUAUGGUCCGUAUUGGACUUUUCUUUGGUGAUAAGGUAUUCGUCAAGAAAACUGUAGACCGUGCAAACACUCUGGUUGAGUCUGGUGGUGAUUGGGACCGUCGAAAUCGGCUAAAGGCCUAUAAGGGUCUUCAUCUACUUACUAUCCGCAAUUACAACCUCGCAGCACCUCUACUCCUCGACAGUCUAUCGACAUUUACCAGCUAUGAACUCUGCAGUUACUCCAACCUGGUUAUUUAUUCUGUUCUCGCUGGUUCGCUAUCUCUUCGACGUGUGGACUUCAAGGCCAAGGUAGUUGAUGCACCAGAGAUCAAGGCUCUUUUAGGAGAAGGUCAGGACAGACUAUCUGCGCUAUCAGGGUCUCUCUCUUCAGGUCCCGGAGCAGGUGAUGAAGAUAUGACAGACGUGGAGACCAGUGCCACUCCCACACCAGCCACAGCAUCCAAAGUAGUCAACCUUACCACGCUAGGUACUGAGGCUGGCGUUCAAUCCGAAGCUGAAGCGCCCGUCGACUUUACCUCAUUGACCAAGCUUGUUAGCAGCCUUUACAUGGGCCAGUACCGCUCAUUCUUCUCCGCAUUGGCAGCAGUGGAAGAUAACUUCCUUAGCCAGGACAGGUAUCUGUUCGAGCACCGUGCCUGGUUUGUGCGUGAGAUGAGAUUACGCGGCUACCAGCAGCUACUGCAGAGCUACCGCGUCGUUGGCUUAGCAAGUAUGGCCGGUGACUUCGGUGUCACUGUUGAUUUCCUAGAUCGGGACCUUGCUAAGUUUAUUGCCGGGGACCGGAUAUCGUGCACGAUUGACAGGGUCAACGGGAUUAUUGAAACUAACAGACCAGACGACAAGAACAAGCAGUACGCAGACGUAGUAAAACAGGGAGAUGCCCUAAUCACUAAGCUGCAGAAGUACGGGCAGGCUGUGCGGUUGAGAGGCAGUGAGCGUGGCUAA